UGCAGCUGAAUUUAUUAAACCACGAAAAGUGUAAGAGUGCAGUGCUCGGGUUGGCAACUUAACAAAAUAAUCUAAUUCAAUAUUCAUAUAUAAGCAAACAUUGUUAACAGUUAUUGUCAAGUCGCAAUAAAUUUAAAGUGAUUGUUAUUCAAGUGAAAAUGCGCGUAGUAUUCGCUUUAUUGGCCCUGGUGGCUGCCACACAAGCCGUCUCCUUUGCAGAUGUCAUCAAGGAGGAAUGGCAUGCCUUCAAGCUGGAGCAUCGCAAGCAUUAUCAGGAUGAGACCGAGGAGCGUUUCCGCAUGAAGAUCUUCAAUGAGAACAAGCACAAGAUUGCCAAGCAUAAUCAGCGCUAUGCCGCCGGCGAAGUCAGCUACAAGAUGGCCGUUAACAAGUAUGCGGAUAUGCUGCAUCAUGAGUUCCAUCAGACGAUGAAUGGAUUUAACUACACACUGCACAAGCAACUGCGUGCUGCUGAUGUCAGCUUUACGGGCAUCACAUUCAUCUCGCCGGCACAUGUUACCUUGCCAAAGUCCGUGGAUUGGCGUACAAAGGGCGCUGUGACUGAGGUCAAGGAUCAGGGACAUUGCGGCAGCUGCUGGGCAUUCUCUAGCACUGGUUCUCUGGAGGGUCAGCAUUUCCGUAAGACUGGUGCCUUGGUGUCGCUGUCGGAGCAGAAUCUCGUUGAUUGUUCCACCAGCUACGGUAACAAUGGCUGCAACGGUGGCCUGAUGGACAACGCCUUCCGUUACAUCAAGGACAAUGGUGGCAUUGAUACUGAGAAGUCAUAUGCUUAUGAGGGUGUCGAUGAUUCAUGCCACUUCAACAAGGCGACCAUUGGUGCCACCGAUCGCGGGUUCGUUGAUAUUCCCUCGGGCGAUGAGAAGAAAAUGGCUGAAGCUAUUGCCACCGUUGGACCCGUAUCGGUUGCCAUUGAUGCUUCGCACGAAUCAUUCCAGUUUUACUCCGAGGGCGUCUACAAUGAACCAAACUGCAGUCCCCAGGAGCUGGAUCACGGUGUGCUUGCCGUCGGCUUUGGCACAGAUGAGAACAAUAAGGACUACUGGCUGGUCAAGAACUCGUGGGGCACCACCUGGGGUGACAAGGGCUUCAUCAAGAUGACCCGUAACAGUGACAAUCAGUGCGGCAUUGCCACAGCUGCCAGUUAUCCAUUGGUUUAAAUCCAACACAUAACCGCUCAACCUCAUUUAAUUAAUCGCAUAACCUCUAUUCCAACACAAGCAUCUCAAAAGCGAAGUUUAUAAUUUAGUUGGCAUUAUACCAAUAUGCUACGAUCUGUAAAAUUCAUCACAUUUUUUAUAGUUUGCCAUUUAAAUUUGAAACAAAUUAGGCAUAUUUCAAUGUUGAUGUUUUUGUAUAAAAUAAAGAAAUAUUUGUAAAAUAACAA